UGAAGUUAAAGAGGUUAAUUUUAGGAUGUUUGAGUUUCAAGGAAUAUUAUAACAAUUUGUUGUUAUAAAGAUAAUUGUUAUUAAGCUUGUGUUAGUUCAAAGAAUGUGUUAAUUAUUUUAUAUGCUUUGUGUCAUUUUCAAAUUUUUAAAAAUUCUGUUUAAAAGUACUGUGAAAUAAGUACAAUUUACAGCAUUUCGAAAUGGUUAUUUGUAUUAUUUUUUUGACAAAACAUCCAAGCCUUAUAAAAUGAGUGGCGAAAUUGAGGACGAUAAGAGCAAUGUUGAUGUGUUAGCAGUAUUAAGCAAAGAAGAAGGCACAAAAGGUUUUGAUAUUGAAGCAGGACAAUCAUGGCAUUAUCCUACAAACUAUCCUCUUCGAGAUUAUCAAUACAAUAUUGUCCAGCAAUCCCUAUACAAAAAUACACUGGUCAGUCUUCCAACUGGACUUGGAAAAACGUUCAUUGCUGCAGUUGUAAUGUACAAUUAUUAUCGAUGGUAUCCCAGUGGCAAAGUAAUCUUUAUGGCUCCAACAAGACCUUUAGUAAAACAGCAAGUGGAAGCUUGCUACAAUAUUAUGGCAAUUCCAAAAGAUGUGACAGUAGAAAUAACAGGUUCAAAAGUAAAAGAAGAUAGAAAAAUAUUAUGGGAUGAAAAGAGAGUAUUUUUUAUUACACCACAAAUUUUACAAAAUGAUUUGGAAAUCAUUGAAAACUUGAGUGGCAAGAUAAAAUGCCUUGUGUUUGAUGAAGCACAUAGAGCAAAAGGAAAUCACGCCUACUGUGAAGUUAUUAGAAAACUUUAUCCAAGGAAUAAGUAUUUUCGAGUAUUAGCAUUAAGUGCUACACCAGGAAGUACUAUAAAGGAUGUGUAUGAGGUAAUAAAUAAUUUAUUAAUUGCCCAUUUAGAAGUACGAACUGAAGAAAGUCUUGAUGUGGUACCUUAUGUAUUUCACAGGUCAUUGCAAACAGUGGUUGUUCCUCUGGGCGGAAAAUUAGAAGAUAUAAAACAUGCAUAUUUAAAGGUUUUAGACCAUUAUACAAGGGUAUUAGUUAAGCAUAAAAUUAUCAACGGUAAUUGUAACCAACUGACCAGAGGAAAAAUAUUUAUGACAAUGAAAAAUUUCCAGGAGCAAAAUAAAACAAGCAGGGGAGAAAUGUUUUAUGAAAUAAUGCGAAAUUUAAAUAUUUGUAUUACUUUGUACCACGCUUACGAACUUUUGAUUCGCCAUGGACUCCGAGGUUUUCUAUCAUUUUAUGAAGAUCAUAUUAAUAAACCACUCCUCAGGGGAAUUCAAGAAAUUCACGAUAUUUUGCAAGAUAUUCGGGAAUAUUUGGGGCCGGUACCCAACGUCGAUCCUUUACCUGAUGGUUCCAUCCCUGACAUCCCAGAAACAAUAACCUUCGGACACCCGAAGUAUUAUGAGUUGGGUAAAAUUUUAAUGAAUCAUUUUUCUCUUCCCGAAAAUACGAACAGUCGUGUUAUAAUCUUCUGCGAAUAUAAAGAAAGUGUAAUGGAAGCCUACACAUUGCUAUUGAAAAAUCGUCCCAUUAUCAAACCGAAAUAUUUCAUGGGACAAGGUGCUAUGCCUCAACGGAUACAGAUGAGUGUAAUUAAUGCGUUCAGAGAGGGGGAAUGUAAUACACUUAUUUCAACGUGUAUUGGAGAAGAAGGAUUGGAUGUGGGUGAAGUUGAUUUAAUUGUGUGUUUUGACAUCAACAACAAGUCUCCUAUUAGAUUAGUACAAAGAAUGGGGCGUACAGGAAGAAAAAGACAGGGCAAAGUAAUUAUCUUGGUUACAGAAGGAAAAGAACAACAGAUGCUAAAAGAAUGUCUAGCAGAAAAACAAAAUUUGUCGUCCCGUAUUAUUACUUCAAAGGAAUUACACAAUGGUCUUUUUAAGUAUAAUUCAAGAAUGGUACCCGAUGGUAUUAAUCCUGUUUGUGAAAAGUUACAUAUGACUGUCACGAAAUGUUCAUCUUCAGUUAAUAAAAUAAAAACUGAUAGUAAAGAGGAAAGAGUUAAUAAUAAUUCGAAAUCUUCUACAAAGAAAAAGUCUUUGGAUUCAGCUAGGGAUAAACCAAAGACAUCACGAAAACGGGCCAGUAAAGAAGAUAAAAAUCUAUCACAAAACAGUUCUGGUGAUACAAAGAACGAGAAGGCUUCUAAAAAAUGUAAAUUGAUUAAAAAUAAUUCAGCAGACAAUUUUAAGCAGUGUGAUUUAAAAAGUAUGCUCUGCAAAGGAUUAAAAAGAAACUCUAAAUCUGUGAUAUCAAAAGGGAGCAGUGAUAAUAAAAUUGAUGUUUCAUCUGUUCCUUCACCUCCUACUAUAAACAGUGUAUUAGUAGAAGAACUAUUCAAUGAAAUAUCAGCAUUUGUAUCUAUAAAUGAUACGCAUCAUUCAUGUAAAAUUUGUAAUAACCUUUUUAAAUGUUCAAAACUGGAAAAAUCAAUUGUACAGUUUGAUUCUGAUUUUGAUUUAGAAAACUGGACUGAUAUGGACGCAAAUGUAAUGAAAAGUAUUGAUUCUGAUGCGUUAAAUACAUUUGCAAAUUCGUUAGAUUUGAAAGACUAUCAUGUUUACAAUGAUUUUGAUAUGCCAGACUGCAUUAAUUUUGCACCUGAUCAAUCUUGGAACAACAUUUCAUUUGCAAACAAUUCUGUUUAUGAUAAUAGUAGUAAGAGAAGCAUUAAAUUUGAGGAAUGUGCAGCAAAAAUUACGGAAACACCCACUGGCAUUCGUUUAAAACAUUGUGGUAAUAAUAUCUUUACUACUCCAAAAAGAAAGCAGGAAAUUAUAGCAAGUGAUAAGAGAAUAUUAAGCACUAACAAGUCUCUGUUCGAGAACUUUAAAAUAACCCAGUUAGAGAAUAGCUCACAGAAACAAAAUAAUCAAAACGACAGAGUUUGUAUAAAUUUGGAUGGUUUCUUAGAUAGCACAUUUAAGGAAAAUUUAAUAAAUUUGACCACCAAUUCGACGACAUGUUUGUUGCAAGACAUUAGUGCUAAUGGCGAAGGCAACUUAAUUACUACAAAUAGAAAAGUUACUAGUUCUGGAAACAAUAACGGCCAAAAAAAAGAUUCUUCAUCGUGCUGCGAAGACGCCUUAGAGUUUUUUCUUUUAGAAAAAAUAGAGGAUAUAUUGAAACCUUUAAACAAUUCACUGGCAAAAGGGAGCUUACAGAUAUUUCAAAAUUCCCCCAAUUCUAGUGAAGAAACUGUUAUUUAUGAUUUGAAUGACAUUAUUCAUAGUCGAGAAACGUCUCCUGUUUUAACUGGGAGAGUACAUUCUUUUAAAUUACGCACUCAAGAGAAAUCACGCAGUGCUAAACUAUGCGAAACUGAUUUUGAUUCCAUGGAUUUACUUAGUUUUACACAAAAUAAAACUGAAAAUUUCAAAAAAGAUUUUUAUAGCAGUACUUCUUCUGAACUUGAAAAUAAUUUUAAGAUUUGCAAUACUCCAACAAAUCAAAAAAGUAAUAAGACCCCAGCUUUAAAUAAUAGUGGCAGUUCGUCAGAAUUUGAAACUGAUAGAAAAAAUAUUCAAAUUGGUGCGAAUUUAAUGGAAACCGAACAUCAAAAUAAAAACACUGAUAGUAAAAGGAUUGCUGAAAAAGAACCACAAAAUAUAAAUAUUUUACAUCUCGACAAUUUUUGUGAUAUAUCAGUCUUUGGGCUGAGUAGUGUUAAUAAAAACAACGAAAUUACGCCAGAUAAAAACAAGUUAAAUUCCCAAUUACAAAGAGGAGAAAGUAAUGUUUUUAGAGAAGGCCAUGAAGAUUCAUACAUCCCUUAUAACAAAAAUCUACAAAGAGAUUACGUCGUUAUGAAUUCAUCAAACAAUUCUCAAAAAGAAAAUAUUGAUAUGAAUAAAACGAGUCCAAUUAUAAGCCAAUUUGAGAAAACGUGUACCCAAACGUUACCCAGUCAAUUAUCCAUAACACAAGGACUGGAGUACAUGAAUAAAAGCAAGUCCAAAACUGUAACUUCGCUAUUAAAGAAAUUAAAGUCUGAUGAUUUUUCCGAUGAUUUUUGUUUUACGAAAAUGAGAAGUAAGCAGGUGUCAGUUACUCCCAAAAAAGAAAAUUGUGGGAGGCUUUCAAAUGCUAACAAUGUUAACAGAACUCCAAAUGUCUCGCUCACCAAUUCGAAGAAAGACCAAGUUAAGUCGCCUAAAAUAAAUUUUAUGAAGGGAAUUUGUAAAAUUGACUCCGAUUCCGAUGACGAUUUCGAGCAACAUCGAGUAAAAUCAAAUACAAGGUGGUUAUCAAAGAAAAAUGUACAAAAACCAAACCUGAUAAGCUCAGGAGAGAAGAAUAAGGCGAAAAGUACGAAUUCAGAACAGAACAAAUUCAAAUUUAUUGAGCCUGUUCUCCCAAAGCAAAAUGCAACUAAGAGUAAUAAUAAAAAUAAUACGAAAAGAGGAAAAAGAGAAAAGAAGAAGUCAUACAAUUCAUCAUUUAUUGAGAAAGAGGCGCGAUUAAAUUCGGAAGAAGAAGCUUCAUCAGAUACGACGGAAGGAAGUGAUGACGAUGUUUUUGAAAUGAGUUUUGUAAAUGAUGAAACUCAAGAUCUAGGCAACAACACUAUGAUGCACGCUGAAUAUUUGAAGUCAGUUAGGAGUCCGACUCUGAAUAGUGGCCAGUUUAAAAUUCCAAAAAAUCCACCCCUGCACCCGGAUAUAUUUUCUCAAAUGCCGAAUACCGAAGACAACAGUUAUUUAAACGAUUCAUUUUGUGACGAUAAUAUUCAAUAUUCGACUCAGAAAGAAGAAAUGUCACUUUUAGAAUUAGCUGAAAUGCAAUUAGAGGAAGAACGGAAAAAUAGAAAACGAAAAAAGUCGAAAGAAGAACAUUUCCGAAAUAUGAAAAAACGAAGGAUAAUUGUAAUUUCCAGCGAUGAAACAUUCCGAACAAUUUACCUAGUUUUUUGGGCUGUUGAUUAUGGCAGUGAAACUACAAUGUUGUUCAUUCGGAACUGUUCUUUCCAAACCAUCGUCCCUUCAUGGGAAAGCUGUUUUUGGUUUACUUCUCUCUCCAAGGAGGCGAAGAUUUGCUAGAAGAGUUGGACUGAACGAUGUUAACAGGUUGCUACCGCAAGGCUAUUUUUGGUCUAUUUCUGUAUAUGGAGGUGAAGAUUUGAUAGAAGACUUGGUUGCUACUACCGUAAAGGUGAGUAUUUUAACUAUCCAUAUUAGAGUACUUCUUCUUCUUGGUUUUUUUAUAACCUUCAAAAAUUAAAGAAAAAAUAGUUCAGUAGGUUGUUUUCGUCUAAAAGUAAUUUAACCUGCGCUUUCUUACGACUACACAGUUGUUUUCAUUUUAACUAUAAAUAAUUAGGUAGCGGAUUUGUAUGAAAUCGCACUCGAAAUUUAAAAUUACCAUUAAAUUCUACGCCCCUUUUUACAUUGAUGUCUUUUUUUAUCCUUCAGUGGAUUGUUUUUACCUAAUCGUAAUUUAAUGUGAAAACUUCUCAUACUUAAGCUAUGAAUUUUCAAACGCGACCAUGUUCGUGAGCGUAAUAUUUUCAAAUUUGACUUUUCGAAGCCCGUAGCUGGAGAACGGUAGGAUUUUUCGGAAAAAUUCUUUCACAGGCGGAUGCCCCGGCUCAGUGCGAACAUUAUAGGAUAUGUGCGGUCGAAAUCUGUGCCGAUCAGAAAUUCAAAAUUUUCAAAAUUUUUAAUAUUUUAUUUUCUUUCGAAAUUAGGUUUUUCCUGUUCGCGAGGAUGCGGGCCAUCCACUGGUGCAAGAAUUUUUGCGAUAUCUCCAAUUGUUCGCCAGAUAUGUUCUCCUAAACGUUUAAUUCUCGAUUUCAAAAAUAACACUAGGCCAAAGCUGUCGACAGCUAUAACUUUUAAACGAAAUCUCGUAGGUGGGCGCUUUUGCUAUCCGCGCAGAGCACAGGAUCUCUAGAAAAUUUUAAUAACACUCCCAUCGAUGUCGGUCCAUUCAAUCGGAAGUAAUGGGUCUUCCUGUGGACUCAGAAAAACGCUAAAAAUGAAAAUAGGGCAAAGUGCGUGAAUUUGGUCGGCUC